AGUGCGGCUCUUUCCGCCACUCGUUGGCGGUUUGACAGUCCGUGUGAUGAGCUUUCACUUUCGGAAAAAACUCUAAAUAAUCCGAGGAUCUGACAUGUAUUAAACAGAAGAAUACCGACGCGAAUUUUCUUCAGAUUUGCCGAUGAUCUCGACAGCGCGUUCCGCGCGCAGGAAAUGGACCAUUUAUCUCGGACAAUAGUGCCUCUGUUUUUGUAAUCUCUUCCAAGCAUCGAAUAAGUUGCAUCAAAAAGCGUCUUAUAUGGUCACUUUUAAUGGGAAAGCUUGAGAUCUAAUAAUUCAUAUUUAUUUUCGGGUCGGAAACGUCGGCGUUGGGCUCAUGUGUAAAUGCGGGCGCGCGCGCGUUGAGAGGAUGAGGCACGCGCCGUUUGGAGUUUAACUUUAUUCUGCACUUCUAUUCUGUGGGUUAACCGGCUUUAAAGCAUCAUGAUGUUCGCAGGUAUGAUCAAAGUGGGAAGCAACUCAACACACAAGACUGACAAGGACUCCAAGUGUCACCGGUGCACCGUGAGGGCAGGUGGUGCGAGCACAGACGCAGCGUCUGGGAGCUCUCAUAGGAGAAGCUUCAGACGGCCGGGAUACAUGCGAGCAGAUCCAAUCAGCCAAGUGGCUGCUGAGACACCAUGUGAUUCCAACAGAAAUCCCAUAAAUCCCAUUGGUGGCCUGUCCACUAGUGAGAACACUCAAAAGUGUGCUUCUGAAUUGCCAGGCAGCCCCAGUGAGAAAUGGCUCGAGGAGGUUUUCGAGAAAGACGACUCUUCCAACGAUUCAUCCAAAUCUCACUGUUUACGUGACACCCAAGUGGAAGAAACUUCUAGAACAGUCCCAUCUCGAGACAUCUUCAAUUCCAGCUUUAGUUUCAUUCAACAGUCACUAGAAACCAGCGAUUUAACACAUGAAACAACCACAAGUGAGUCUUCUUGGAAACCGACGCCAUCUGAAUCGACUUCGUGGGAUCCGUCCAGCUCAGAUACUUUAAAACCUCAAACUGUUAUUGUAAAUAAGUUUGAAGAUGGUUCAUUGAGCCAAUCGGAGAGUGACACUGUGCCAAUUAGCCUACCAAAAUCAGAGGUUUUCUCAUUAGCCCAAUUGUCAAUUGCUCAGUCGGUGAAAGGAAAAGGGCUCUUAUUGGACAAAGCUCUGUGGCUGGGAGACUUGGACAUUUCCUGGCGUCACAGAGACAGACAGACCUCCAUGUCCAUGACGUCUGACUUCAAAGAAAGUGUCCAGGACUCGGACUCUGGCUCCCUGGACACCGAGGUCACGUCCUCGCUCUCGGUUGAUUCAUCCGACUCGACCUCGGGCUCAUCCGUCACCUCUGGCUAUGACAGCAUCACCCCGUCGUCAGACCAGAUUCGAGAUGGUCUAAUGAAGAAGUAUGAAGACAUUCUUCAAGACUGUCUGCAAAACAACCGCACAAACAUCAAGAUCGAGUCCAUAAUGCUGAAACUACAGAGAUUACAGCACAAAGCAGUACUGGGCGAUGACUAUGAUACAGCUGAGCAUUUCGGAAGGCAACUAGAGGAACUGCGACGAGAGAGAGUGACUCUUAAACCUGGUCUUCCAUCCAGACAUCCUGAAGUCUGUGGCUUUCUAGAGUGCCUCAGGACAGCAGUGGAGAGCGCUCUCCAGAGGACAAACAACGUCAGGCAAAAUGGUGAAUCGAAUGAAGUUCUGGGAAGCUCAACCAGCUCUCAUUGUCACCCACAAGCACGAGAGCAACUGCUUCAGGAGAAACUGAGGAUUCAGAAGGAGAUGUGUGACCUCCAGCGGCGGUUAGAGGAGCUCCAGGAGCAGAGCAGAGCUGUGGAGGUUCAGCUGCUUCAGGAGAAACGGGGAUUGGAGGUGGAGGAGGUGGAGGGGUCUGUGCUCACAGGCUGUGAUGUGGUUCAGCUGCAGCUGAUUGGUCGAACUCUGGAGGACAUGAUGACAUCAGAGCAUCGAGCUCAGAUCAGUGUGUCUGCACCAACACAGAUCAUCAGACUACAAGAACAGGAGCAAGUGCUUAGAUCAGCCAUUAAAGAAGCAACAGCUAAAGUGGUGAUGAGUCAGAGGUUGGGCGGAAGUCUGCGGCGGAAACUCAGUGAGAGUGAAACACAGCUGUUGGCUUUACAUGAGGCGAAGCUCACGGCCAUCUCAGGAAAUGACUUCAGCAGUGCGAAGCAACUGAAAGCAGAAAUCAGGAGCGUUUACAGUGAGAGAGAUCGUCUGGAAGGGCUGCUGAGGAAACUGAAGACCAUCAGCACAGGAAGUGGACCUGAUCUGAGCCACAUGAAGCAGCAACACAACCAGAUUAAACUGGAGCUGCAGCAGAGAGACGACCAGUACAAAUGCAGUUUAAAAGGAAACACCUUGAAGUACAUUGAGCUUCUUGAGGAUCGACUUCACAGUUGUGGAAGUCCAGCUUUGGAACACAUUUUGGAAGCAGAUUUGGAGACUUGCCACCUCCUCCUGAAAGGUCUCGAGCGGCGCACGCCCAGUCUCUCAGAGACAGAUGACCUCCCGUCUACACCAGGAUCGAGUUUAAGUGCCCUGACAUUCACUAAAGCAGAAGCGGACUGUGCCAUGUUGACUGCUUUAGGGGGCCGCUGGUGUCCUGAUGCUGACCUACAGCACUCUGAGUUCACUAAGAAAUUAGAGGAGUUUCUGUUCUGUUUGGAGGACAGUUCAGCCGAGGAUCUCUGCGAUGAUGCGUUCGACCUGAUGGAGCACUGUGAACUCAUCAGUGACAGACUGCAUCACCUGGAAGACCAGCUCCAGACCGCCAUAAACAACCACGACAAGGACCUCACUCUGUCCCUGGAGAAGGAUGUUCAAGAGGUGAAGGCCACUCUUCAGUCCAUGCUGUCACAGCUGAUGGAGGAUGAAGACAAGUAUUGUGACGUAGAGGAAGAACAGUUCAAGGAGGAGGACAUAGAAGAAGAGCAUUACUUCAGUGACAGCUGGGAGAUUUAAAAUAGACU